AUGCUGAGCAGUUGCCGUUCAGUAUACCCACGCAUCCCUGGCGAGCAUGAGAUCUUCCUGGACACAACCGGUACUGAAACCGAUCCAGAACAUCUUGAGCAGUUCACAGCUGCACAGAUCACGCAUGCAUAUCCCCGGCAGAUGAAGCUCGAAGCCGUCUUCCGCGUACAAGACAGUUGUCAAGGCAAUCAGGUCGGCCUCUGCGACAACUACUGGCGACCAGCAACAACACUUCUCGACGCAGACGCAGCCGAAAUGCCGCUCAAUACUUACUUCGAGCACAUGUUGUGGAUGAUUUGGGCAUCGAUUCAAAGGCUUUCAGGGGUAGAAAAGGAUUUUGAGUCGAGGAAGCUUGCGAGGGCUUUUUUUGGAGUCGACUUGCCUGAGCCAGAACCUACUGAGCAAGAGCCCUGUCCAGAAGCGAAGCUCGUGGCUGGAACUGUGGGUACAUCGCGCUGGCAAUUUGCUGCAGCAAUGUCAAGGGAGGUUUUCAAGUUGCUUUACAAGCCGAAGCCUGAGGCUCAAGAGUGUGCAAAGCCCAGAGACCUCUGUGGAUCGGACUGGCUGGAGUAUUUGAGCAUGCACUCACAAGUCAAUGAGGACGGAGCUGAAGCAAUUCGGCACGUGGAAGCUGCACAGCAUGGCUUGAACCAGACUGACUUUGCAGAAGAAUACUGGUGGUUUCAGACAGAUAUCGAUGGCGAAAAGCGAUACGUAAGGUUGUUCAAGAUGCAGUUCCCAUCAGGGCCUCCUCCCGACGAAGAACCCCCCUUCAAGAAGAACCCACAACGGAACGACCAACUAGAUCCCUGCUGCCAGAAUCCGAAGGGCGGCUUUACUGUAUGGCUCGAUAACAGAGCAUACUUGACUUUGUGUCCGGACAGCUUCGAACGCUUUCCCAGCGAUCGACCAAAUUUGCAAGUCGCAGAGGGCGAUACGAAUAAGCAUGUCGCAAAUCCGGCAAGUAAGGAUGAAGAUCUUGACAUCGCUUUUGCAAUCAUAGCGGCAGAGCGACAGGUACCUCGCACUCUUGAGCAAGUUGCUGUCAAUGCAUUGACAUGGUACCGUGAGCUGUUCCGCAUGGUCGGGUCUCGGGAUGGCAUGGAGAGACUCACUUACUUCCCGAUCGCGAUAGCGAAGGCCAAGCCCGAGACACUGCCAGAGAGCUGGUGGGAAGACCGAUCGAACUGGCUACGAGCACCAAGAAUCGUCGCCUCAUCCGUCUACACAUGCCUCAGUCUAGCCUUACUGGAUCGAGCACCCGUGCAAGGCGCGAGCAAACAGCAACAUCACGCCACCCACAAUGUCGACAACUACGCGUGGUACGGCCUUGCCGCUUACUUGUCUGGGGAGAAGGAUUGGUCGACUGGCGUGGAACGACCAGCUGGUCAACCGUAUCGGCCACAUGUAGCUCCACCAGAGUCCGAUCUUGGGCCGCCGGCGAGAGGGAGCACGAUUGUGGAGAGCGAGGAUGAAGGGGUUGUUGAAGAUGAUGGGAAGAAGCGGAAGCAUGGUGAAGGUGAAGAUUCGGGCGGGGAUGAUGUCAGUGGCGGGAAGAAGCAGAAGACUACUGGGAGUGCUUGA